CUUCCCCAGCAUUGUCCUGUUGUCAUUCCAGCUGCUUUUCCACCACCUCCAUUUCCUGGUGCUUCCCCUCUGGAGGUUUAAGCUUGUGUCUGCCCUUGAGCUAAGUGGGACAGUCCGUGGAGGGGAACAGCCCCAAGAUAACCUUCAUGGCCACCAUGGCCUGCCCUGGUGAAAAUAGUGUCUCUCUGCUGUGGGAGGCUGUCACACUCAUGGGGCAGGGCACCCAAGGAUGGCCCUGGGUAGUGCCCAGGAGGGUAACAGUGACGUGUAGCUGUCUGUCCCUCCCCUAGGUCCUGUGCAUGGAUGGUGCCCAGCGCAUUAACUGUCCCAGCACAAGGCAGUGUUGGCCUCAUCUUACAAGGGGGGAGUGCUCAGGAGGGUUGAACAAUGUUGUUGCUGCUGGGAAUAGCUGCCGGCAAUGCCUGCUGGCCCCAUGUGAGGCCAGUCUCCUGCUGCCAGGCUGCCAUGUGCUGUGGGGGAGGCCAGGCAGCCUCAGGGACCCUGGCAGGGCUGCUCGGAAUGUUCCACACCUGAGGUCAUCCUCUAAAGCAGCACAGAGGGGCCAUGACUCCUGGCAUCCCAUGCUGCCUGCUGCUGGCUGAGAGGCUUAAGGGGACCCCUUGCCUCCCUUUGGGGUGGACAGGCUACCCCCCAGAUCCCUGCCCUGUCCAAGGUGCCAGGAAGCCUCGGGCAAUGUUGGUGGCUGCUGCAGCAUCUGACUGCACAGAGAUGGGGUGAUGGAAGCCAUGGGAGCAUCUUGCUUGCCCAGGGUGAGUGACGCAGGCAUAGGUGCCAUGCCUAUGGGGUGACCCUGGAUCUGCUGAGCCUCUUUUGACUGGCUGUCACAGGUUCUGCACACCGCAGCUCCCCAUAACAAGCACAGGUGUUCUGGUCAACCCGGGGUGUUUGUGGGGGGGUCUCUUUAAGAGAGUGUGGGGCUGGAGAGGUGAGUCAGGGCCACCAGAAAGCAGGAGGGUGAGCUCAUGGCAAAGCUGCCCCAGUCAUGUGGAGCAGCCACAGCUGUUGGUGCCCUUGGGCUGUGGGACAGAGGGGCCAGCAGCAUAAAGCCCCACGGACAGCGAAGCUGCCGGCAGCACCAGGAACCAGGACUGGGAACUCCUGCCUGUGGUAGCAAGAAGAAGAGGACACAUCCUGCACAGGACUGUGCACUGUGGGCAGACAUGGAGCUGGAUGUGGAACGGGCCAAGGAGCUCAUCGAGCAGAAGCUGGCAGAAGAGGAGAAGGAGGAGAAACUCAAAGGGGAUGGUGCACGGGAGCCACCAGCUGUGGAGCGGAUGAACACGCCUGAGCUGGAGGAGGAGAAACGCUGUGGCCCCAGGAACUGGGGCCUUGAGGCCAUCAAGGGCCAGGAGAAGGUGCGGAGGAGUUCAGUGGACCUAAGGCGGGAGAUCAUCGAUGUGGGGAGCAUCCAACGACUCAUCGAGCUCCGCAAGCAGCGCCGGCAGCGCCGGGCAGAGCGGGCGGCCACCCCCGAGCCCACUCCGCCACCUGAGCCCCUGGAGAUUGACGGUCCUGUGGAGCCAGAGACCUUCCUGCGAGCUGCUGUCCAGGGCAAGAUGCACAUCAUCGACAAGUUUCUGGGAGAUGGUGGCUCACCCGACACAUGUGAUGAGUUCCACCGCACAGCCCUGCACCGCUCCUCGCUGGAGGGACACAUGGAAAUCCUGCAGAAGCUGCUGGACAGUGGGGCCACUGUUGACUUCAGGGACCGGCUGGAUUGCACUGCUGUGCACUGGGCCUGCCGGGGUGGGCACCUGGAUGCUGUCAAACUGCUGCAGGACCGUGGGGCAGACCUCAAUGUGAAGGACAAGCUGCUCAGCACACCCCUUCAUGUGGCCACCCGAACUGGACACCCUGACAUUGUGGAACAUCUCAUCCACUGCGGGGUGGAUAUCAAUGCCCCAGACAGGGAAGGCGACACAGCGCUGCAUGAUGCCACACGGCUCAGUCGCUACAAGAUCAUCAAAACACUGAUCCUGCACGGGGCUGAUAUGAUGGCCAAGAAUGUGGCUGGCAAGACCCCAACAGACCUGGUGCAGCAGUGGCAGGUGGACACACGCCAGGCACUGGAGACCAAGGAGCAGCCACAGGUGGAGAUGGAGGUCCCUGCAUGAUGGCACCAGGCAGGGCCAGAGGCUGGGCUCAGCUCCAAGGAGCAGGAUCCAGACAAGACUUUUGUGUGUCAAUAAAAGUCGGCAAAGAGCAGCGUUUGGCUCCAGGUGGCUUUGAGAUUGGGCAGCCUGCACCAGGGCUGACGGGCCUGGGAAAGCUGGGUUAUCCUGGGACAGGGUUAUUUGGCAGCAUGGUGAGCCCUGCCUCCUAUCACUAGGACUCAAGUACUGGUGACACCAA